AUGGACAGCGAGGUAUACCAAUCAACCUAUGGCGACACCCCCGUAUGGGUGCUGUACAGACGCAACUUCAAGGGCCCGAUGCACCUGCCGCCCAAAACGCGAUACAACUGCACUCCGAACGGCAUAUUUAAGACGAACAGCCCUUGUCCAAUCUGUCGCGAUGAAUAUCUUGUUCUGGAUUUUCGGAAUAUUAAACUGCUUAAUCAGUUCAUCAUACCACAGACCGGACAACUAGUUGAAAACAAACGGUGUCAUCUGUGCCGAUUGCAGUACUUUAACCUACGAGUGGAAUUGCUGAAAGCACGAAAUUGCGGUUAUAUUCCGUUUCAUAUGCCGUUCCAAAAUUACGAUUAUCGCGUAUAUUAUCCUUGGUGGAAAGAGGAACCUAUUAUGAUUGAUGACGAGCCGGACUUAAUUACGAUGGAACGCGAACAUCCGUAUGUCAAGUAUCCGGUACAUAAUCCAGAAUUGGUCCCUGAAAUGCGGCAUAAAAGACAUAAUCCAUACCUGAAGUAUUAUAAGAGAAAGUGA